AUGGUCGGAACGCGCAAAAGCACACCAACUUCUCGAGCAUCUACCCCGCGAACAUCCGCAACACCACUCAAUCGGAAAUCAAGAAGAAAAAGAGAAUACGAGGAUAGUGAAGAAGAGUACACUGAGCAGCCGUCUUCCCGCAAGCGCAGGAAAUCAGGCACUCCUAAGUCUGGACAACAGCGUCGAGGUAGCCUCCAAGACAAACGAGGCAAAAACAAAGGUGAACCUGGCCAAGAAGACACAAAUAGAGAAACCGCAGCUCAACUCAGCUCAGACGACGGAGAGCAGGACGGCUGGUGGCAAGUCAAGAGAGUUGUCGACGAACGCCCCACAGUAGCGGACAACGGCGAAAUCGUAAACAAGUGCCUCGUAGAGUGGGAGCCUAGCCCCAAGGGCCGAACAUACGAACCAGAGUGGAUUCCUAUCGCUUAUCUUAACGCUGAAGCAAGAAAAGACUGGGAAGAGGAAAAGAAGAAGAAGGAUCGCGAAGCUGAGGCCAAGAGUCGUGAAACAAGAACUCAGCGAGGACUUCGGAAUCUCACGCCUCGUGCCAAUCAAGCUGAACAAGCUAGAAUCUAUGACGGGCCGCAACAGCCGACUUUAAAUGUGUUAACUCCAACCAGAUCUCGACCCAGUUCUUUCAGAAAACACGUGCGAUCAGGAAACAAACCCAAGGUCCAGCGAAGCAGCGGGUUGUCCGAAGAGCCUGUACCAUCCAUAGUCUCCGCCUCGUCGUCGGAGAUCGUUGAGAGCCCCAGCGAACCUCCCUUAUUAUCAGACGGAAAAUUCGCUGUUGUUUUGAGUAAGCCCGACAACUUUGACCCCUCCGAAUACCAGAGCGUCAGCACACAGAGUAGUUCCCAGAAGGUUUCCGAUCUUGAGGAGGGUGACCAGCGGAUUGCGUUCGCAUCAAAACUGAGCCAAGACACAAUCCCUGAUUCUCAAGAUCUCUCGGGUCAUUGGGAUCACCGAGAGUUGGAAAGUCAAUCUGCUGUUAGGCCUGACUACGAGCCAGGCAGUCCUCAAGUUCCCGACGAUCAACAACUAGUAGCCACAGAUCAUCCUGCAUCUGUUGAUAGAGUAGGAGGAGCUGUAACUCAGCAACAAUCACAGAGCCCUGUACAAGUUUCACGUCAUCUAGACGUUGAGGAACAUCCAUCUGUCGACGCUUUUUCCGAGUUUGACCCGCCAUUUCCAGACUCGGAUAACGAGGACGCUCCUCUUGAAGACGACACCCCUAAUCCUGAUACAGGAGGGUACACUGACACUGUCAAUCAUUCUGACGAAGAGGGAUCAGAAGUCCAUAGUAUCCGAGACGACCAAGAUUCUGGAUUGAACGACAUUGAGGUCGGGAGUCCUGCACACAACACAAGACUUGAGCAAGAUAACCUUGGUUCCCAAGAGCACAAUCACCGGGACACUGGGAGUACUCCAGAGAGCCAGCACUCCCUUGACAACCAGAGCUUUGAGACGGCUAAUUCGCAAAACAGCCGGACUCGUCUGGAUAGCGCAGACUGUGACAUCCAAGGUAGCCAGACCCAAGAAAGUAUCUCAGCAGACCAACAUUCUGAGGACGAGCAGCAGGCCGCAGAAAAUCACAUCUCUGAAGCUGUUAACAACGCUCGAUCCCAGCGAGAAGAUCAUUGUGGUCAGGAAAUUGAAGUUGAGCGAAACGUCGUGAAACAACACCACCCACAUAGUGAAGAGAGCAUUGGAGCUGAUCGAUCAUUGACGUUCGCGGAGAGUAACACAGACUUCCAGAAUUACCGCAGUCAAAGGCAUGCCCAUGCGCUUGAUACAGCUACUCGUCUAAAAUCAACCUUGUCUCCAAAAGUAGUCGCACAGCCACAGGAUCAGAUCUCUUCAAGCGAAGAGAUUGGUUGCGUUAUCCCAGAUUCACAGGAUCAUUCGAACACAUCUGCACACACUAGCGCAUCCAAGGCUUUAGCUGUGUUGUCCCAGGAUCAGGUCACUCCCUACGUUUCUCAAACCGAGAUUGUCCCGGACUCAGCAGCAACAACUACUUCGGACAUACCAUCCCAUCAACCAGAUCAGCCACGUCCAGUCUCACUGGAAAAAGAAGAUAGGUUUAGUAGUUCUAUCUCAAGCGACCUCGGUUCCCACCGCUUGGAUCGGGCAACAGUUGCAUCUACUCGAGAAUCCUUGAUUUCAAACAAUACACCGAAUCCACCUGUUUAUUAUACACAGCCUCAAUUCUCAAAUAACUUGCCUGAUAUUUCGAGCUCGUUCUCUUCCAGGACUGGAGUUCUUAACGAGGCUGCACAUACCGCACCCGAUCAAAUUCCUCAGUCGCAAUCUGCCAACAAAUCUGCCGUGAGGCUCGAAGACUCGCAAGCAAUCCGGGUGGUGAGUUCUCAACUUGCCAGAUCCCAAUCCCGAGGAAUCAUUCUUGAUCAAGAAAUUGAGUCCGCCGCUGAAUCACAGCCCACAGCAGUUGAAGUGGACACGGUCCAGGGCUCAAAGCGACAACUUAAAAGCCACUCCCAAAACGGCAGUGCAUCUGAACCACCUUCAGAACUACUUAGGUCGAUAUCAGGACUUCAGGAAAUGGAGCGCUCAGUCUCCCAACCACGAAGUUCAGCAGUCGAUGAACUGAAAAGUUUCAUCGACUUCGGCAAGGACUCAUUAUUGACUCAAGUUGGGGAAUCACUUGACGACGGUCUGGAUGAGACGUCUUAUGACGUGCCAAGUGAAGUCGAACCGAUGGCCAAUACCAGCACAGCUGACCUUGAUGUUGUGGUGAGCUCUCCCGAGGUUGUCAUCCAAUCUCUACCAGUGUACUCGGUGGAUCCUUGGAAGCCGGAAGUUCUUGGAAACACACCAGAGGCACCACCCCCUUCCAUCUCUCCAGCUUCCAUCAUGCCUGUACCUAACACACAUAUCUCGGCGGUCGACAGUAUGAGACAGGCAAUCAACUUGGCCUUUAACGACUCGAAUGACUCUCUUACCCAUACCCUCCUAGGCCAAGAUACCGAUGAUGGGAUGCCACCUGGAACUAUUUCCCCAGCAGCUAUCAGCCGCUCGGCUGAACCAAUGGCUUCGUCGCAUGUUCUAAAUUUCCCGGGUCAAGACGCGAUAACCCCUGAGAUUGAAAGUUCGGGGUUGUCGAUCACCAUGGGUCAAGUUCCUGUUGAUCAAGACUCCGAUGUCUCAUCAGAAUCUUCGCAACGAGAUGACGAUUUGUUGCAAUACCCAAUCACUCUCCCUAUGCAAGCAAGUCGACGACCUUACUACGGAGAAGUAAUAAAAGACCAUAAAGCUGAAAUUCAGGCCUUCAGCCGUUUCUUUACUGGCGAGACACGUGGGAAGCCUGAUGACAGUCUUGUGGAAAAGAUUGACGAUCUUUUCGAUAGGCUUUUUGGCAUUUGCGACUAUCCGCAAGAUGUCAUUGGGAGCAGUCUCGAAAGCCAGCCUAGCUCGGGUAUUGCCAAAUACUCAUGUGACGCUAACUCCAAAUUCUGUUUUCUGUUUGAGCUGAUGUCUGCCCUGGACGGGAAGGAGCAGGGAAUUCUUGUUGUGGUUCGCAGUCAGGAGCUCAUGCGCUUGAUCUUUGCUGUCACAGAGGUCGCAAGAAUUGAAUGUUCGGCAGAGAGUAUCAGCAAGCGUACCGACUAUCCGUCUGUCACGAGAAUCACCCUUGCUUUAUCAACUGAAGAAUUUGACCCAUUCAACUUUGACGUUGUUAUCGGGUACGAUUUCCAUUUUUCUCGUUCAUCUAUUGCUAGGCAACUGUACACGAAAUCUACUCGCAAGUCACCCCUUGUUCUACUGCUUGUUACAACACAUUCUAUCGAGCAUGUCAACCUUCAUCAUUGGGAUAAGGUUUCGGAUCUGGAGGCAAAGAACGCAAUCCUUGCAUGCACUGUCAGUGCAGGGCGCUAUCUCGAAGAUCCAGAAAGGGGUUACGGUGAGCCUCACAAAGUCGCAGAGGUGUUUGCAGCUUACUUGAAUGGCAAUACCGACACGUUGAAUUGGGAACCUCAAACUAUACCGGAUGACGUUCUCGAUAUCUUUGAGAACCCUAUGUCCCAGAUUCGGACAUUAUUCUCGAUUGACUCGUUACAUGGAAACGGUCUCAAGCGGAAAUAUGCUACUGAUGAUGGUGACGAGGCUGACUCCAAGCGAAUUUGUCUUCCUCUCCGAGAUCUACCGGUUGACUCUAAUAACCCUCCUAUGCCGCUCGCCAUGAGGCAGUUACUCGACAGUGUGACGCCCCGAGGAUUGGCCAUUAAGAGGGAAACCAUGAUCACUAUACCACUAGAAAGUCUUGAGUCGAUCAGAGAGAAGAUUGACGAGUACAAACGACUUAACAUGCUGGCUGGCGAAGUCGAAGUAGAACUCAAGACCCAUAUCAAUCGGCUUGACAGCGAACUUAAGGAGUUCAAAAAGACGUCGAAUAAGAUCGAAAUGUCCAACCGCACCGCGCUCCAAGAGCGAACCAUGUUCGAGAAGGAGAAGAAGAAAGCAGAAGCUGCCGCGCGAGCUGCCGCAGAGAUCGCACAGAGGGAGAGUGCGCAACAACAUAAGAGAAUAGAGGAGCUCGAAACCACGAUCGCGCGCCUAAAAGAUGAUCCAGAGUCCGUCCAUACCGAGCAAGCGCUGAGUGAAUCUCAGCAACAGCUGAAGACCUCUGAAGACAAACUGAAGCGCGCACUCAGCGAUGUGGAGUUUAUGAGAGGCCGGUACCAGGAUGCUAGCGCUCAGGUGUCGAAAUUAACAAACAACAACAAAGAGUUAACUGGUCAAAAUGAGGAUUUAGGCCAGAAAGCAUCUGCGAAUCUGCUGGCUAUACAUACACAGAACUUCUCUAGUGAGCGGCAAGAACUACUACAACAGAUUGCAAGCCUCCAAGCGCAAGUUCAGCAGAAGGACGCAGAUCUUUCUGUAGCGCACCAAAAGCUCACCAGUCUUGCAAACGGGAGGAAUACGCGUGGAGGAAGCAUGCCGCGUAGCCCUCGCGUGCCUAGUGGAAUGAGCCCACGGCCCAGCCGGUCUGCCUUUGCUGGUUCUGCUAGCAGAGGAACAAGUCCUAGCGGGCCAGGUGCGCAGUUUAUGAGCCAGCAAGCUCGUUCAGAGCGCUGGAAUCAACUUCAGUGA